AUGAUUGUAUCAAUUAAUGCUGUACUUGCGUCGUUUUACGUCGUAUUUAUUAGCGCUAUAUACUCAUUCUGUAAUAUGGUUGAUAAUCAAUGCUUCGAUUUCACCGUUUUACUACCAGCUAUUAUCAAUCGAAUUAGCAACAAGAAAGUGGAUUUGAAAUUUUGCAAAGACAAAAAAGAAGCAUUAUGCGCUGCAGAGAAUAAUCAAAUUUGGCCAUUUAUUGCUGCUUUAUCAUUUUGUUUUCUCACUCUUACAGGAUUAAUCUAUUUUCUAAUGUGUAUGAAUGCUAAUUACACAAGGAUUCGUUCGGAAAGACGAGCACGUAAAGGUGAACAUUAUGCCAUGAAUCAGGGCACCGUUGAUUCUAAUUCAUUCAUUCUUACAAAUAUGGGCAAAUAA